AUGGAGGGUGACGGAACUGAAAAUACUAAAUCGUUCUCGGGAAUACCUGAAGCGAUCUUUGUAGACAAUGUAGACGACUUUAUGAAUUUACCGGAAAACUCAGAAGGUGUAGAAAAAGUGUUACGAAAACUUGACGAACAACAUGGAAAAUACAAAUUUAUGGAAUAUACAUUGAGCACAAAAAGACGUCGUCUUCGUCAACAGAUUCCCGACUUGGCACGAUCACUUGAGAUGAUCGAAAAGUUGAAGACACAAAAGGAAACAUUGGAGACACAAUUCUUACUAAGCGAUCAAGUUUUUGUUAAAGCAGACGUCCCACCCACAAACAAUGUGUGCUUAUGGCUCGGAGCAAAUGUAAUGUUGGAGUAUUCAUUAGAGGAUGCUGAAAAACUACUAUCAACAAAUAUGGCAACUGCUAAAAAGAAUCUAGCCUGUGUUGAACAUGAUUUGGACUUUUUGAGAGAUCAAUGGACAACCACAGAGGUUAACAUGGCUAGAGUUUACAACUGGGAUGUGAAGAGGCGGCAGGCAGCUAGAGCGUCUAGUUAA